CUACUUCCCUGACUCGAAGGCGAGACUUCCAAUCGGUUUCAAAGGCACUCAUCAUGUCUGUCGCCUCGUAGAUGCCUUUGACUGGGUCUCGACUGCCCUGACAUCUGUCCUGACCUCGAUCGACCCAUUUGACUGAAGCUCUUCCUCUGUUUUAGGACCGGUGUGCGGUAUUGCGGAGACGGAAGCAACAGCCCGAUUCACCUGCUCCUCGAUCCCCUCCGGCUGCCUGCAGGCUCACCCUCACUUCAACCUCAGUCCAUAUCAAACCACCAGACUGGCUUUUCCCAUCAUUGCCACAAAUCAACUUUCGUCCACGAAGGCUCUGCUUACUCUCACGGCCUUCUAGGCGAAUCUCACCUAGCUAGAUACCAGGAACUAUCUGCUCGUCAAACCUACAAUGGCCUCCACAGACGGGUCAGGAUACGUGAUCCUUCACGUUCAUGACCUCUGCAGCGAUGGCCCCCUCUUUGAACGCUUUGUCGUCCUCAGAUCGCCAGACUGGGUCGUGAAGAUCGGACGUGGAAGCAUGAACAGCGAGGAAGACUUGCAACCUAGCAAGACCAACACCACGUUCGAUUCAAGAGUUAUGUCCAGAAACCAUGCCAAGAUCUCGGCGAACCCGCAAACCAAAGAAAUCUUCGUCACGGACAUCGGCUCCAUGCAUGGCACUCAUCUUUCUGGUAGAAGAUUGAAGACCGAGGAACCUGCGUUACUCUCGCCCGAGGAUAUAAUCACUCUCGGCAUCGAUGUGAGCAGGGGUUCUUCAUCAUUUGAACCUGUCAAGGUUUGUGUCAAUUGGAUUUGGUAUGAUGAUGGUGUCGAAUCACUCAACGACAAUCCUCCUUCAGCACAACCAGGUCGCAACUCUUUCUCAGCCGAAUAUAGUGAUGAAGAUGCAUACGCAGAUGAUGUCGACUCGCAAGAUAUCGAAGACUACCAGGUAUAUGCGAAAUCGGAUCAAGAUGUGCUCGUACCAGGAGAUGCAUAUCCGGAGGAACAAGAAGAUGCGCUCGGUGCAGACAAGGAAGAGAUUGCAGCCGUCAACGUUGUUGAAGACUCGUGUCGCUCGCCAAGUAUCGAAGUUGUCGUCCCAGCAUCACGCACCUUCACUGUUCCAGACUCUGAUAUCUCCAUCUCCGAUGCCGACGCCGACAGCUAUGUUUCUAGCAACGAAGAAUCCAACGUUGACAGUCCGACUUCGAGUCCUGUCAGUGCGGCUCAAUUCGUUGAAGGCAAAGAAAAUGCUGUUCAGCACACCGACACCGCGGCCGAUAUUUCCUUGCAAACUGAGGCUGAAAUUCCAGCUGCCCCUGUUUGUUCUAAGACCACCCCGGCAGAUGUCUUGUGGUCUUCAGUUUACCUCAAUUCCGGCCAAAAAGAAAUCGACAAUGUUGACCACCAUUCUUCUCCACUGCCAUUGGAAACCGGCCGUAGUGAUAUUCGAGCCGUCAGAUCGACGCUUGCAGAGCUACCUGAGACUACCCAUCUUGACACUUUGGGGCUCCCUCAAGACCGAGUCCAAGCACAUCGAGCACCCAGUCCAUCGGAUGCGGCGAUGGCCAAAUCGUCUGCCACCGAGAUGCCCCUGGCUCCACCAUUCAUUCAGACCUCGGACGCCAUCCAAGGAAUGUCACAACGUCCUGACCAUCAACAAACUCGCUCCACUUCCGCAUGGGCAGGACACAACUCUGUUCUGUACGAUUAUGGCGCUGGGUCUCAAGGCGCGUGCACUAAAGGAUAUCCUUCGUACUAUCAUGAAUGGACUGGCCGGUCUCCUCCCGACCCUUUGACACUCCCACCGCUGGAUCUACACAAAGUCGCCCCUGCCACCGAGCCGCUCUCCACCGCCGAGGGUACCCACGUUGUGAAGGUGAAGCAAUCCAACAAGCGAAAGGCAGAUAAUAUUUCGUCGGAUGACCUCUCUGUCCAUACAGCUAAUGAGUACUCUCACUUCUGGGAGACCAUCAAAGACAACCUUAGCCCUGUCAAUGAUGCAGAAACUGAUGUCAGAGCACAAAGCCCCCCCAGCUCGUCCCUCGCAGACAUUCCGGUUCAAAGCACCGAGGUCGACGAUCAGCCAGCUUACAAAAAGAUUAGAACGGACGUGGACGGAAUUGCAGAGUCACGAGGAAACAGCACUGGCGACGCCAUGAAACUCGCCGUGGCUACGAUUGCUGGUGUGGCUAUUGGAGCCAUUGGUACAGUGAUCGGACUUGCAGCUCUACCUCCCAUUUCUUGAAGGCAUGGUCCACACUUUUACCUCUUUGCAUGCAGUCAAGUGUUAGAGUGGAUAGGGCAGUGUUUUGCGGCUGACUCUUUCUAGUCAGCACAGAUAAGACUGAUUAUCAGCCUAUUACGAAUGAAUGAUCCGCGGAGUUCAAGGUUUCAAUUGUUUCUUGGUGUUGCAAGGGCUGACGACGGGCGAAUGGCAUGGAUGGCAGCGUCUCUAUCGACUGAGAUGGAGAGAUGUUGCAAUGAGGAAAUCAGACUGGUUCAGAGAGUUGAGCAUUCUCACUCGUUCUUUUUCGUUCGAUGGAGUAGGCGUGGAAAUUGGCUCGAGUAUACCUUUUUUAAUGCAAGGCAAUUCAAUCGAAU